CGGGGCCAUGAACGGGCUGAAGGGCUGGUGCGCGGUGCUGGACGUGCGGCCCCACGGCGAGACCCCGGAGAGCGUGAAGGUGCUGCGGCUGACGCUGCCCAAUGACCUCCCCGGGGAGCGGCGGGAGCAGGCCAAGCAGAAGCCGGUGGGGAAAGCCUUCGCCAUGGUGGCCAACCGGGCCAGCAACGGUCACUCCCUGGCCUCCGAGUGCAUCAAGUCCAACGACGGCGACGAGGAGAUCAUCAAGGUUUAUCUCAAGGGACGGGCCGAGGGCAGCGUGAACCACGAGGAGCACGUCAACCAGCUGAAAAGUGAAGUCCGUUACAUCCAAGAGGCUAGAAGUUCUUUGAAGAAGCUGCGGGAAGACUUAAGUAGUAAACUUGAGAGCAGACAAGGAGAUAAACAGCACGCACAGGUGGUGCUGGACCAGCAGAACGGGACCUGGCUGAGCCCCCCCGAGAGGCUGCGGGGCGACCCCUGGGAGGAGCAGGAGCCGGCGUGGGCCGGGGAGGACGUGGAGACGCUGCGGCAGACGGCAAAGAGGCUGUUUGCCAAACUGCAGGAGGCUGAGAAGCACCAUCAGCUGGAGAGGGAAGCCUUCGAGCGGACGGUGUCGCAGUACCGGGAGGAAGCGGAGCAGGCGGGCUCUGCCCGGAGGAGAGCGGAGAGGAACGCGGCGGAGAAGGAGGUGGAGGUGGAGGAGCUGCAGAGACUCCUGGCAGGGAUGGAGAAGGAGCACGGCGGCCUGCUGCUCAAGAUGAAAGAAGGCGAAGCGGAGCUGGCGAGGCUGAGGAGCGUGGAAGGUGACAAGCUGGCCCAACAAGACCGGUCGGCCCAGCUGGAGAAGGAGGUGGCCACGCUGCGGGAGAAGAUCCACCACCUGGACGACAUGCUGAAGAGCCAGCAGCGCAAGGUCCGCCAGAUGAUCGAGCAGCUCCAGAACUCCAAAACGGUGAUCCAGGCCAAAGAUGGCAUGAUCCAGGAGCUCAAGGAGAGAGUCGCGUACUUGGAGGCUGAGAACCUGGAGAUGCAUGACCGCAUCGAGCACCUGAUCGAGAAGCAGGUCAGCCGGGGUGGCCACAGCUCCAGAGCGCGCUCCAAGUCGGAAUAUGUCAGCAGCAAACGGCUGACGGGCCCCAAGCCGCUGCCUCUCAUUCGAGUGGUGGAAACAUGAGUCCUGAGGGCCGGUCCGAGCUGAAGACUCUCCCCUUGUUGUCGUUGACUGGAUUUCCCUGCUUGACCGCCGUCCUCUGGCCCCUGCGCUGCCGAGGACAGACGUAGCCAGGGGGUGGUCCUGGCAGAGGAAGGAGGUUUGCGAAGCGCCCCACAUGGCUGUCCCCGCAGGUCCCACGGAUGCCAGUUUGGGGGCUGGGACCAGCGGCGUGGACUGGGGGGCUCUCUGGCUGGAGAGUUGGGCUCGCUUUCCCCGCUGGCUCCUGGGGUUGCUCCGGGUUGAAGGGUGUCAUCCGAACAGAGCCCCCUCCUGCUUCAGCUUGCCAACGUGGACUUGGGGUUUUACCUUGGUUUUUUUGGUCAAAAAAGAAGAAAAAAGAUUCACAUUUUUACAAAGAAGAAAUAAAUCCUCCCGAAACUGGACUCCUUCCCACAGCAAAGCCCAACGCCUGACAGGUUGGGAGACUCCACCUCCGAUAUCUCCAGCAUUUAUCUGCCUGCUCCGGACUUGGCAAAAGGCUCACGUGGCCAAAAAAAAAAGAAACCAAACCCAUCCAUGUAUCGCCGUGCUUUCCCCAAGAGCCUAGAGAAAUUGUACCCGACGUGCGUGUAGCGCUUACCCCCAGAGGCCGUUUGGUUUGUUACCUGUAUUUAUUUUUAAAAUAAAUUAUUGGUGUCUUCCGAGGACGUGGCGACAGGCGGGAGUGCUGCUGCCGGCCUCUGGGGGAGCGCGGUGGAGGACUGCCUCGUCCCACGGUUGAACUGGAAAACACCAACCACC